UUGCCAGCCCCGUGGCAGCAUUUACCGUCGCUUGCACUACCCGAUGGCGCCCAUAAUGUCGACCAUGGUUUGAACUAUCCUUCAGAAAUUGCCUGUUUUGCCACAUUCUUUUCAAUUGUAGGACAAAAGCGCCUCGGAUUGUUGAGUGUGUUAAUAAUUCACGUGAUUAUUCUUCCAUUUUCAGACGUUAUAUAUUUUUUGUUACCCUCGUUGGAUAAUCCGAACCGAUCAGUUUUUGGUAUUUCCUGUUAUCGACAAAUUCUUGCCAAGGAUCUCUUGAAUAAAUCAACAGAUGUCACUCGAAGUACGGUCCAGAAAAGUGUUUGUGUCCUGUCGCGAAUACCUCUCUUUGGAGUUCUAACUGCUAAACUUCAGCUUAUCACAGAAGUUUAUUUUAACGAAAGAGAUUUUGCGAAGGACGAACUGAGUGCGGUUGAUCUCUGCAGCAGUGAAAUGCUAUAAGA